AUGAAUGGAAGUCGAGUAUGUCAUUAUCCACAUUUGACAAGAGCAGAAUUCGACGAUGCGGCAAAACAUUUCCUCGGACAAGCACAUCAUGCAGGAGGAGAGGAUGCUGAUUGGAGAUGGAUCGAACAUGAGAAAGUAAAAGGAUUUGGAUAUCUGGCUACGAAAAGGAUACUUUACAGGCCUGCCGCCCUCUAUCACUCGAUCGACCAAGACGAUAAAGACACAGACUCUAUAACCGUCAAAGAAGAACUUGAUCAGAGCUCUAUCGACGUUCCAUCAGAAUGCUUGACUGUUGAUUAUCACAUAAUAUACUCGUCUUCGUAUCGCGUUCCCGUACUUUAUUUUAACGCUUAUUAUUCAAAUGGAAGUCCCUUGUCUAUCGAUGAUAUAUUUUCUCACGUAAUUGAACCAUCACGUAGGGAUGAUCUUAGGGCAGCUGGGUUUAAUGGGGCAGUGUCUCAGCAGGAUCAUCCUACUCUGAUGAUUCCAUUCUAUUAUAUUCAUCCCUGUGAAACUCCCUCUCUGUUAAAGGCUAUCGUUGACGACGCUCAGGAAUCGAGAGAAAAGUCGGUUGUUCACGUUGAUGGAUAUCUGCGCAGUUGGUUGAGUUUAAUUGGGCCAACUGCUGGAAUAAAAGCAGGAAUCGGACUUUUUUCGGAUCAAAGUUGA